CGGACCAUGCACGGAGCGGAACAGAUCUAGCCCGUAAAAUACUGUGUCUGUUUACUGAUUGUUACUUGGAUUUUUAAAAACUACAGCAAGCAUAGCUGACGACCAUCCCAUCAUGUCCACUGAAGCUGAAACUACAGCCAGCCAGCCUGAGCAACAGGCUCCACCAAAAGCACAACAUUCAAAGAAGGAAAAAAAGAAAGGGCUAGAAAAGACAGAUGAAUCUCUCUUGGCCAGAUUCAAAGGUGAUGGUGUAAGAUACAAAGCUAAACUGAUUGGCAUUGAUGAUGUCCCAGAGGCAAGAGGAGACAAAAUGAGUCAAGAUUCAAUGAUGAAGCUGAAGGGAAUGGCAGUGGCCUCCCGUUCCCAGGGUCAACACAAACAGAAGAUCUGGGUGAACAUAUCCCUCUCUGGUAUCAAGAUAAUAGAUGAGAGAACUGGGGUCAUAGAAUAUGACCAUCCAGUAAAUAAAAUCUCCUUUAUUGCUCGGGAUGUAACAGACAAUCGUGCUUUUGGCUACAUAUGUGGAGGAGAAGGCCAGCACCAAUUUUUUGCCAUAAAAACAGCACAACAGGCUGAGCCUCUGGUUGUUGAUCUUAAGGACCUCUUCCAACUAAUAUAUAACAUGAAACAGAAUGAAGAAGAUGAGAAGAAAAAGGGUGAAGAAGCAAGUGAGACUGAGAAUGGUAGCAUAGCACUACCUGCUGAUGAGGCUGACAAAAUGAAACCGGGAGUUGACCAGAUGGACUUGUUUGGGGAUAUGUCAACACCUCCUGAUGUAAGCAGUCCCACAGAAGCUAAAGAGAUUCUGUUAGUGGAUCUAAAUUCUGAAAUUGAGACCAAACAGACUUUUACAAAAGAGGAUCUCUUCUUGAAUGACAUCACAACCUCUCUUCCACAACCAAAGCCACAGACACCCUUCUUGCCUGAGAGUUCUUUCUCUGCCAGUCUCAGCUUCUUUCCCACACCUAACCCAGACCCUUUCAGUGAUGAUCCUUUUGCACAGCCAGACCAAUCUGCACUGCCUUCAUUUGGUUCUCUAAAAUCUCCUGAUCGGAAGAAGGAAAGUCUGAGUACCUUGACACCCAUGGGUAAUGGUGCUUCAAAUGGUGAUACUGACUACUUUGGUAAACAGUUUGACCAGAUUUCUAAUAGAACUGGCAAACAAGAAGCACUAACAAGCCAGUGGCCACUUGAGAGUAAGUCGCCUGCAGCCAGAAUUCCAAAUGGGGUACCAGAGAGAGAACAAAGUGGCUUUCUUAAAGCCCCAUCAAACCUGUUUGUGGAAGGUCCUUCCAAAGAAGUAUCUCUGCAGAAUGGAGUAAAGCUGGAUUCUGAAAGCAAUAUCCAGCUUGUGUCACAUGAGUCUAUAACAAUUAGCCCACCACCACAAAGUACCAAGCCAGGAAGAGGAAGGAGGUCUGUCAAGACUGCAUCGAGUGACUUAUUUAGCUCAGACUUCUUUGUGCCAACUACAGAAAGUGUUAGCUUGACCUCAGUUGCACAAACAGGACCUGUGCCAAUUAGUUCACUGGACCUCUUCAAAACCAGUCUUACCAUACCAUCUCCAUUGGGUGGCUUGCCAGUAAAUCCAUCGCCAUGGAGUGCACAGUCACCUCCCUUCACUCAGGCUGCAUCAGUCUUUCCUGGAUCUAUGUUAUCUGCUCCGCCUACAGGAUUUACUCAACCACUUGCCUUUAGUACUCCAACACUGCCAAGCUGGAACAAGCCUACUGCCCCUCAGUCCCCUAUUCUCUGGGCACAUCAAGCACAAGUUCCAUCUACUUCAUGGGCGCAGCCAUCCAGUGCUGUAAGAUCCUUCCAGAGUAGUGCGCUCCCAUCGUCAACACUACCUGCUCAGAUACCAUCUGUACUGUCUUCCACGCCAACGACAACUAGCCCACCUCCGCCACCACCUAGAACUACCCCUCAGAAGGAGCUCAAGAAAGAAAGUGAUGCUUUUGUUGAUCUGGAUCCACUUGGUGAUAAAGAGAUGAAGGAAGUCAAGGAAAUGUUUAAAGAAUUCCAGCUGACAAAGCCACCUGCUGUACCAGCAAGGAGAGGAGAGCAGCAAUGCCUUUCAGAACCACCAAAGCCUGUUCUCCAAAGUGUGCUGCCAGCUGAUGGCCUAUUUGAAAGUCAAGCUAAAAUGGACCUUUUCAGUGACUCAUCUAAAUCUCAGAAACCACCUUCUGGCCCUUUUGGUGAUCCUUUUGGCAACCCAUUUGCAUAG